AUGUGCGACUACACUCAAAGAGAAUUCCGCUGCAGUCACAAGCGCUAUAUCGUUUCCCGCUGGUGCAUAGUUUACAUCCGCACGCAGCAGCGCUGUCAACCGUGCGUCACGCACUUCGAGUACAGGUACGUCACAACCAUUUCUUUUUCCCCUAUGCCUCCGUAG